AUGCUCGCCUCGCGCAUGUCCAGAGCUCUCCCAAGAGCAUCGCGCUCUGCAGGUCUCCUGCGCAAGACCGCCUCUCCUACCUUUGCUCGCUACCAAUCAACAGAAGGCAAGGUCCAGGGCGCCGUGAUCGGUAUCGAUCUCGGAACCACCAACUCUGCCGUGGCCAUCAUGGAGGGCAAGACCCCCAAGAUUAUCGAGAACUCAGAGGGUGCGCGGACAACGCCAUCAGUGGUCGCUUUCGCUGAGGACGGAGAGCGUCUCGUCGGUGUUGCCGCUAAGCGUCAAGCCGUCGUGAACCCCGAGAACACACUUUUCGCCACCAAGCGAUUGAUCGGCCGAAAGUUCACCGACGCUGAGGUCCAGCGGGACAUCAAGGAGGUGCCUUACAAGAUCGUUCAGCACACCAACGGAGACGCCUGGGUGUCGUCCCGUGGCCAGAACUACUCUCCAUCCCAGAUUGGUGGUUUCGUCCUGCAAAAGAUGAAAGAGACUGCCGAGGCCUACCUCAGCAAGCCCGUUAAGAAUGCCGUUGUCACUGUCCCCGCCUACUUCAACGACUCCCAGCGUCAAGCCACCAAGGAUGCCGGCCAGAUUUCUGGCCUGAACGUCCUGCGUGUCGUGAACGAGCCUACUGCUGCUGCCCUGGCCUACGGUCUGGAGAAGGAGGCUGACCGCGUUGUCGCUGUUUACGAUCUCGGUGGUGGUACCUUCGAUAUCUCCGUGCUCGAAAUCCAGAACGGCGUCUUUGAGGUCAAGUCUACCAACGGUGACACCCACCUGGGAGGAGAGGACUUCGACAUUCAGCUUGUGCGACACAUGGUCCAGGACUUCAAGAAGACCUCUGGACUUGACCUGUCUGGCGACCGCAUGGCUAUCCAGCGUAUCCGUGAGGCUGCUGAGAAGGCCAAGAUUGAGCUGUCUUCCUCUCUGCAGACCGACAUCAACCUGCCCUUCAUCACCGCUGACGCCUCUGGUCCCAAGCACAUCAACCUCAAGCUGACCCGUGCCCAGCUUGAGAAGAUGGUCGACCCUCUCAUCACCAGGACUGUUGAGCCCGUCAAGAAGGCUCUCAAGGAUGCCAACCUGCAGGCCAAGGACAUCCAGGAGGUCAUCCUGGUCGGUGGUAUGACCCGUAUGCCCAAGGUUACCGAGGUUACCAAGAACAUCUUCGGACGCGACCCUGCCAAGUCUGUGAACCCUGAUGAGGCCGUUGCCAUCGGUGCCGCUAUCCAGGGUGCCGUGCUCUCCGGUGAGGUCAAGGACCUGCUGCUUCUGGACGUUACCCCUCUGUCCCUGGGUAUCGAGACCCUUGGCGGAGUCUUCACUCGUCUCAUCAACCGAAACACCACCAUCCCCACCAAGAAGUCCCAGGUCUUCUCCACUGCCGCGGACUUCCAGACCGCUGUCGAGAUCAAGGUCUACCAGGGUGAGCGUGAGCUUGUGCGGGACAACAAGAUGCUCGGCAACUUCCAGCUCGUUGGCAUUCCCCCUGCCCACCGUGGUGUUCCCCAGAUUGAGGUUACCUUCGACAUCGACGCCGACUCUAUUGUGCACGUCCACGCCAAGGACAAGUCCACCAACAAGGACCAGUCCAUCACCAUUGCCUCCGGAUCCGGCCUGUCUGAGAACGAGAUCGAGCAGAUGGUGCAGGACUCCGAGAAGUACGCUGAGGCUGACAAGGAGCGCAAGGCUGCCAUUGAGGCCGCCAACCGUGCCGACAGCGUUGUGAACGACACGGAGAAGGCCCUGAACGAGUUUGCCGACCGUCUUGACAAGACCGAGGCCGAGCAGAUCAAGGAGAAGAUCACCUCCCUGCGCGAGUUCAUCUCCAAGAGCCAGGCUGGCGAGGGUACUCUGACUGCUGCGGAGAUCAAGGAGAAGACCGACGAGCUCCAGAUGGCUAGCUUGAACCUCUUCGACAAGAUGCACAAGGCUCGUGCCGAGUCCGGCGAGCAGACCUCCAACACCGAGGGUGCUACCGAUGGUGCUGCCGAGGGCGAGAAGAAGGAUGAGACCAAGUAA